UCCGCACCAUCCAUAUAUUCCUUCAGCACUACUCUAAUCUUAUUCUGUUACCCACCACCAAUCUCCGCCGUCAGCAGCUCUCCCAUGGCAACUUCUUACUUCCAACAACCGCAAACGCGCCAAGCUCGACGCCGCAAAAGCCACCGGAAGAUCGGGUUCAGGAAACGAUGCCUGAUGAUGGCAAAGCAACAGAAGACACGGUUCUACAUCCUCGGACGCUGCGUUUCCAUGCUUCUCUGCUGGCACGACCACUCCAUCUCAGAUUAGCAAGCUCCAUAGUCACAAACUGACUGGUCCAAGUGACGCGGCGGAAUGUACAAAUAGAAGGAUCAACAAACGUCAAAUCCGAUAGCAUGUACUGAAAUCAAUCAUCAAUCACCCGAAAUCCGAUAGCAUGGAUUCCUAUUGAUGGUUCUGUUCUUCAACUCCGGCAAGAGUCAAAAACUGAAAGCUGAAGAAAAGCCGCGGUUGGUGGCAGUGCUUUUGGGUCGAGGAGGACUCGAUCAAAGUCAAUUGCUUCAUUGUAAUUGUGACUUUAGAUUUUGCUUCUUUUAGUGUAUGUGACAUAUACAUACAGGAAUCCAUGUACAUAUUGAGAAACUUGAAAGGAGAUCAAAGAUCAAAUGGAAUACAAAUGGUUCACUUCACAUAGUCCUUAA